CGCCCAAAGCUGAGCUGGCAGAAUCCAAUUCGGAAACAAGCAUGAUAUCUUCUGUUGUGGAUGGGGUGCGGACAGUCUUCACCACCAGUAUUCCAAUUCCAAUAUCUUUUAUCGUGAUGAUGCUGGCUGCAAUGGCCUACUACAUAGCUGUGCAGCAAGGAUUUGGGACACAGGUACAGGCUAUCGAGUAA